AUGUGCGAAGUGACAUUUGCCCCAGAAGGCCGAAAACGGACGAGUCGAGGUGGCCGGGACGACGCAAUCCCAGACUCUCAGCUUCCCCCUGUUGGAGUUGUUCGCGAUGGCGCCCGCUUCAACUCGGUUAGUCCCCGGUUCCUUGUUAAAUCCGCAGGCGUCAACAAACGACAAUUUGCAACUGGCUCCAUAUUCGACGAUACCUUACGGCACUCCAGCGGCCACAAAGGUCGAAACGCGGAUAUAGCAGCACUCAGGCCGGGUGCUGGUGUUCAAGCGAUUGUGAUGCAAUACUUGACGUUGAUAACACUUUCACCACCUGCUAGUACAGGAGAGCUGGAAGAAUGCCCCUGGUUCAGGGCCAAAACGACGACACCCCGUCGCCAGUCUCUGUCUCAGGUUAAAACACUGCCAUUCGUCCUUCAGCAAGCCAGGGAGGGGCUUGAGGAAGGACAGGAUUCGAAUGGUCCUGUUCCCCUGAUUGUUGACAGGUUAAUUCACCAUCUUGUUAUGUUAUAUCCUAAUCUGCACUGUCGGGAUGAACUUACUGCCUGUCGAUUUACCGGGGGAUACGGAUACGCGGCGGCUGGGCAGUCAAACCAACGACUCCCUGGACCGUGUGAUGAGCGUUCGGCGACUCUGACCAAAUCACGACGGGCGGCCAAAGGAUCGCCGCCCGCACCGCUUGGAGUGGCCGUUGGAACCAGCAGGCCGUUGGACAGCCGCCGCUUCCGACAAGACCCUGCGGCCGCAUUGUGGACCGACAACGAGGUCCCAAUUUCUUCUCCAAACGCAGUGACCGGGUGGUAUGGUCCCCUGGUCCUAGCGGGGGCGCGGAGAGGCACAGCGCACGGGGAACCAGUUCGCAUGCACUCCGACCUGGCAGGGCCCGCUCCAGCUUUCCUGGCAGCCCCGCAGCAAUUUUCAACGUACAUCGUACUCUGGUAA